GCAGGGCCUGGCGGCGGGCGCGGGCCGGAACUCCUCUCCGUGUCCUGCGGUUCUACUCAACCUUCCUCGGCUCCUCUUAGCCCCCCGUGGCCCUUCUCACCCCCCUCAGUGUCCCUCGGCUUCUCUCAGACCCCUUCCACUCCCGUCUUCUUCCCGCAGUCCCCCUUGUCACCCCUGAGCGCUCUCGUCUCUCCUGAGCUCCCCUGAUACUCCCUGAACGCCCCGCUUCUCCCCUGGUCACCCCACAACCCCCUCAGUGCCCCCCAGCCGCCCUCAGCUCCCGCCGAGAUGGAUGAUGAACCCGAGCGGACCAAGCGCUGGGAAGGAGGCUACGAAAGAACAUGGGAAAUUCUUAAGGAAGACGAAUCCGGGUCGUUGAAAGCAACCAUCGAGGACAUUCUCUUCAAAGCAAAGAGGAAAAGACUCUAUGAACACCAUGGACAAGUCCGGCUUGGAAUGAUGCGUCACCUUUACGUGGUUGUUGAUGGAUCAAGAACAAUGGAGGACCAAGACUUAAAACCGAACAGACUUACUUGCACUCUGAAGUUACUGGAAUAUUUUGUUGAGGAGUACUUUGACCAGAAUCCUAUUAGUCAGAUUGGAUUAAUUGUAACCAAGAGUAAAAGAGCGGAAAAAAUGACAGAACUCUCAGGAAACUCAAAAAAGCAUGUAACUGCUCUGAAGAAAGCAGUGGAUAUGAACUGCAGUGGAGAGCCUUCUCUAUAUAAUUCCCUAAAUUUGGCCAUGCAAACUUUAAAGCACAUGCCAGGACAUACAAGCCGAGAGGUUUUGGUAGUCCUCAGCAGUCUGACAACAUGUGAUCCUGCCAACAUCUAUGAUCUAAUUAAGUGUUUAAAAGCAGUAAAGAUCAGAGUGUCCGUCAUCGGCUUAAGUGCUGAAGUUCGAGUUUGUACAGUACUUGCCCGAGAAACUGGUGGAACUUACCACGUUAUUUUAGAUGAAGGUCAUUAUAAGGAACUGCUGAUGCACCAUGUUAGUCCUCCACCUGCCAGUUCAACUUCUGAGUGCUCCCUUAUUCGAAUGGGUUUUCCUCAGCAUACUAUUGCUUCUCUAUCUGAUCAAGAUGCAAAGCCCUCCUUUAGCAUGGCGCAGUUGGAAAAUAACAGUGACCCAGGUCUUACACUGGGUGGAUAUUUUUGUCCUCAGUGCAGAGCCAAAUACUGUGAGCUUCCUGUGGAAUGCAAAAUCUGUGGUCUUACAUUAGUGUCUGCACCUCAUCUGGCUCGGUCUUACCAUCACUUGUUUCCUUUAGAUGCCUUUCAGGAAGUUCCACUGGAAGAAUACAAGGGGGAACGGUAUUGUCAAGGCUGCCAGGGAGAAAUAAAAGAUCAAAAUGUGUACAUAUGCAAAGUGUGUCAGAAUGCAUUUUGUGUGGAAUGCGAUCUGUUUGUUCAUGAUUCACUGCACUGCUGUCCUGGCUGUAUUCAUGAGCACCCUGCUCCUGUAUCUGUAUGAUCUCAUAUAUUUUUAAAAAUUGAUUUGUCUUUGUCAUUCUUGAAUAAAUCCAGUUGUUUUAUUCAGCCAUCACUUUAACUGAGGCAUCUCUGAAGAAGAUUCCAGAGGGAUAAACAGUGGCAUAGAUGCAAACUUAAAUGUUUCAAUGAUUUUAUUACUGUUAGUAUAUACGUGAAUUAUCUGUAUCUGUUUUUUGUUCUUGUCUAAAGAACUAUGGCUUUUCCCAGCUGUUACUAUAAUAAUGUAUAUAUUUGUAAAUGUGAAAGUGAUAAAACUGUUUUUUAUGAUAAUGUGAUGAUUCAUCUUGGUUUCAUUACUUGUUCAAAAAGAAGCCAUGAAAAUAUAUUUUACACAUUUACAUUUGG